CGUGAACACACUUAUAUAAAGAGAACGCAUCAAGUCUGCACUUAAGUAUAUCUUUUGAGACAACAAAAUCAUCAUGAAGUUAGUGUUCGUCGUCUUUGCCAUUUUUGCUGUUAUUAACAGCGCCCUUUGCGACUCCAGCGAAGAAGUCAUAGAAAACGUCAAGUCAAAACAUGUCAAAAAACUCCUGACAAGAAACAAAGAGCACCUGGACGAAGGGUUGGAAAAAUUGGAGAAACAUUGCCCGGGAGUUGGCGAUAAGUUGAAACACGCCAUCAAGUCGUUCCAAGAAUGCGACGACAAAGUCGACGACUCUUUGACUAUUUGUCACGCAAUUCAAAGCCACACUUUGAAUUGUACGAAACCCUUGCUGGACGUGGUGGAUGGGUGUUUGCCCCAAAAAGCCAAGGGUUUGCCCACGUUGGGUGUGAAAAGUCUUCUCUCUGUGGCUGAUUUCUUGUGCAAACAAACAGGAGAGAGCAUUUUUGAACUGGUGAAUCCUUGCUUGUGGGAGGACGACGAAACGGAAGGAGGCGAAGAGACGGAGAAUGAAUGCGAAAAGAAAGCAGUGGCGUUGGCUGAAAAAUUCGGCGACGAAAAUACUAUUCCCACACAGAGCGAAAUUUGUAGCACUGCCACUAGCUUGAGGACUUGUCUGAAAGAAGAUGUCCAUAAGCAGUGCAAGAACCAGAAGACCCAGGAUGCGGUGCUUGGGCUCUUCGACGCCAUUGUGGCACCUUGUAGUCACAUUAACGAAGUUUAAUUUUUGGAAUACAUACUAUCUGUGUUUUUAAUAAAUAACUAUUUAGACAGUUUAAA